GUCUGGUGUUGAUGUUUCACAGGUUCCACAGACUCAUCACUGCGCCGUUUUUCCACUGUCUGAGACCCUACCUGUCCCUGCGCACCUCCCGAAAGCUCUCCUCCAAAAUGUCCUUCCAGUACCCCCAGGCUUUCCGCGACGAGGCAGUGGUUGACAACUAUCAUGGACAAAAAGUACCAGAUCCCUACAGUUGGCUGGAGGAUCCUGACAGUGAGAAAACACAGGCCUUUGUCACAGCACAGAACCAGCUGACGUUGCCCUUCUUGGAGCAGUGUGAGGUCCGAGAGCUGUUCAAAGAGCGAAUGACAGAGCUGUACGAUUACCCCAAGUACAGCUGCCCGUUCAAGAGAGGGAGCAGGUGA